UUCCUGAGUCUCAGUUUGUUCUAGUUGUUAUAUGAAUACGGUUUAAAUUUUAACAAAUAAGAAGAUGAAGUUGUGUUUUAUGUUUUCUACUUGUCUGGUUGCAGCAUUAGCUGCGCCACAAUUUGGAGAUGAUCCAAUUAUGGAUUUCUCGUCUACUGAAGAUACGAGCCUCAAUCGUAGUUCCGACGAUGGAGGUGAAGAUUCAGAAAAUCUCGAAAAAUUGCAUUAUUUCAAUGCCACCAAAAAAGGCAAUUUGAAGGUCGUAAAAGAGCUUGUCGAUCAUGGACUUGAUGUCAAUAUCAAAGAUCCAUUUCAACGAACGGGUCUACAUCAUGCUGCUGACAAGGGCUAUGAAGAGAUUGCACAAUUUUUGGUUGAUCAUGAUGCCGAGCUCGAUUUCGUAGAUUUCAUUGGAAUGACGCCCAUCCAUUAUGCAGCGGAAAAUGGACACGAAAAGAUCGUGGAAUUGUUGUGCAAUCACGAUGCAGUAACGAACAUUACGGACUCCUUCGGAGAAACUCCCUUCCAUUAUGCUGCCAUAAAAGGUUUUGUGGAGAUAUCGAAAAUAUUGGUCAAUCAUGGUGCAGAUGUUGAUAUUAAAAAUGAUUUGCAAUCGACGCCACUCCAUCACGCAGCUACAAAUGGUCAUGAGAGCUUGAUUGAAUUGUUGAUUAACUACGGCGCUGAUGUGAACGCCUCAGAUUUCUUCGGACGAACUCCUCUUUAUCUUGCUGCCCGGGAAGGUCGCCUUAAGGUUAUGGAAUUAUUGUUUAAAAAUGGCGCAAAUCCCAAUUUAAAAGAUAACGAUGACCAAACUCCACUUUUCAAUGCAGCUGCCUCAGGACGUACAAAAGUGGCAGAUCUUCUCAUCUUAAAUGGCAUCGAUGCGAGUCUGAAGAAUAAGAAAGGAAAAACUGCUCUUGAUGUGGCUAAAGAUGGAGGACAAGGAGAAGUUGUUGCAUUACUUCAAAAGGCUUGAAAAACCAAUAAAUUUAUACUGAAUUGAGUGAAACGAUUGAAAUGUUUUCAAAUCAUUUUUUCCCCCUGUUUUAUGCAAUCUAAAAUGUAUUAAAUAAUUCGAAUGGAAUUUCACAAAUUGUAUUUAAUUUUGUUUUUUCAUUGAAUUUAUAUUAUUGGAAGUGGUAAAAAAAAGUUUUAUUUGAAUAAAAAAAUUGGGAUCGCAUUUUGACUAAGCGUAAAAAUUGAAUG